GGGAAAGGAAAUAGCUGCAGGAGCCGCAUCCUGCGUGCGCUAGCGGCGCCGGAGGUGGAGGCACAGGGAAGAGGCGGAGGAGGUAGCGGAGGGUGCGCCAGAGAAGAAAAGUGUCAAAGCCGGUUCGGCUUUAGAGUGUGGUGAAGGGUACUUUUCAUGGUGCAUGGAGGGAAAGCCAAUGCGCAGGAAAAACAUAGAAGCCAUCAGUAUGAAUGUCCCCAACUUCUUGAAGUCUUCCUUCUCCCAAAUAGAUUAUCUACUUAUAUAUUAUUUCUUCUCCCAUUCCCUUCUUGUGAUCUAAGGUGUACCAACAUUCGACCAGGAGAGACUGGAAUGGAUGUAACAAGCCGCUGCACCCUUGGAGACCCCAACAAACUGCCAGAAGGGGUUCCCCAACCUGCCCGCAUGCCCUAUAUCUCAGACAAGCACCCUCGGCAAACCUUGGAAGUUAUUAAUCUUCUAAGAAAGCACCGGGAGCUAUGUGAUGUGGUGCUAGUUGUGGGCGCUAAGAAGAUAUAUGCCCAUCGAGUCAUUUUGUCAGCCUGUAGUCCCUACUUCCGAGCUAUGUUUACAGGAGAAUUGGCAGAGAGCCGUCAGACAGAAGUUGUGAUCCGAGACAUAGAUGAGAGGGCCAUGGAACUACUGAUUGACUUUGCAUAUACCUCCCAGAUAACUGUAGAAGAAGGCAAUGUUCAGACCCUUUUGCCAGCUGCUUGUCUCCUUCAACUAGCAGAAAUACAGGAAGCCUGCUGUGAAUUCUUAAAAAGACAAUUAGAUCCUUCUAACUGCCUGGGCAUUCGGGCUUUUGCUGAUACACACUCUUGCCGUGAGUUGCUAAGGAUCGCAGACAAGUUCACUCAGCACAACUUUCAAGAGGUAAUGGAGAGUGAAGAGUUCAUGUUACUUCCAGCCAAUCAACUCAUUGAUAUAAUAUCUAGUGAUGAGCUAAAUGUUCGCAGUGAAGAACAAGUGUUUAAUGCAGUGAUGGCAUGGGUCAAAUACAGUAUUCAAGAAAGGCGUCCCCAAUUACCCCAGGUGCUGCAGCAUGUUCGUUUGCCUUUGCUUAGUCCCAAGUUCCUGGUGGGCACAGUAGGCUCUGAUCCCCUCAUUAAAAGUGAUGAAGAAUGCAGAGACUUGGUAGAUGAGGCUAAAAACUACCUCCUGUUGCCUCAAGAACGACCUCUAAUGCAAGGACCAAGGACGAGACCACGGAAGCCUAUCCGAUGUGGAGAAGUGCUCUUUGCAGUUGGUGGUUGGUGUAGUGGAGAUGCCAUUUCCAGUGUUGAACGAUAUGAUCCACAGACUAAUGAAUGGAGAAUGGUAGCUUCAAUGAGCAAAAGGCGAUGUGGAGUUGGAGUCAGUGUUCUUGAUGAUUUGUUAUAUGCAGUAGGAGGCCAUGAUGGGUCCUCUUAUCUCAAUAGUGUUGAAAGAUAUGAUCCCAAGACAAACCAGUGGAGCAGUGACGUGGCCCCCACAAGCACCUGCAGGACCAGUGUUGGUGUGGCAGUACUUGGAGGCUUCCUCUAUGCUGUGGGUGGCCAGGAUGGGGUGUCUUGCCUCAAUAUUGUUGAAAGGUAUGAUCCAAAGGAGAACAAGUGGACGCGGGUGGCUUCUAUGAGUACAAGAAGACUAGGCGUGGCUGUGGCUGUGUUGGGAGGGUUCUUAUAUGCUGUAGGUGGCUCUGAUGGGACAUCUCCACUCAACACAGUGGAACGCUACAAUCCUCAGGAAAACAGAUGGCACACCAUAGCUCCUAUGGGAACCCGGAGGAAACACCUAGGCUGUGCAGUGUACCAGGACAUGAUUUAUGCCGUAGGAGGGAGAGAUGACACCACAGAGCUGAGCAGUGCUGAGAGAUAUAACCCUAGAACUAACCAGUGGUCUCCAGUGGUGGCCAUGACAUCCCGCCGUAGUGGAGUUGGUCUGGCAGUUGUCAAUGGACAGCUCAUGGCAGUGGGAGGUUUUGAUGGCACAACAUACUUGAAGACCAUUGAAGUUUUUGAUCCUGAUGCCAAUACAUGGAGGUUAUAUGGAGGAAUGAAUUACCGUCGACUAGGAGGUGGUGUAGGAGUUAUUAAAAUGACACAUUGUGAAUCCCAUAUAUGGUGAACAAGUAGAAGAACAUUUUGUAUAUUCAGGAGAGCCUCGACUUUGAAGCUUUGUACAGCUUGAGAAAACAUUAGAACAAAUUUUAAUCUUUGCUGGUGCCUCAACAUAUGGAAAUAGAAAUCUAAUGACAGAACUUCACCUGCAAGAUGCCACUCCUUUGCACAAUAGUUUUCAGUUCUGUGCAGAAGAAUAUUUAUUUUCAGCUUUAAUUUAUCAUGAAGUUUUGGUGGGUUUGUUUAUUUUGUUUGCUUGGGUCCUUUGAGCUUUUUUCUUUUUUAUUUUGUUUAUUUAAUUUUUCUACUAUGAAAAAAGAAAGGAAAAAAAUUCCAAGCAGCAAAACUUACUUUACUUUGUUUUUAAGGUUUUGGUUUCGUUUUGAAAAUACUGAUAAGGGCAGAAGGGCUAUGUAUUGACCUGGCUUUUAUUCUACUAGACACUCCAUCCAUAUACACUGGUUGCCAGUGAUAAAGAUAGAUAUGCAAAGUAUAUUAGCUACUUAUCAUUCUUGCACUAAGUACCAGAAGACUUGAAAAUAUACAAGAAACAAAGCAAGGAAACAUCUCACUAAGUAGGAUAAUCAGAAGAAAUAUUGAAUCAAUAAAGGCAGGACUCUGAUGCUUUAGUUUUCAUCAUAAUAUUCUCAUGGAGUUUCUGCUUUAUCUAUCUAGAUCUCUCUGCUCAGUGCCUCUCAUAAAACCAAUAUAUGAAAUCUCCCUCACUGUCCUGAGAAUCCCCCAACAGAAUCUUGUGCAACUCUGCAAGUUUUUGUUCACAAAUUCACCAUCUAUAGCUGCAUCGUUUUCCGUUUCUUCAUUGCCAGCAAGGAGAAUGUCCUCCCCCAGGGCAGUGAAUUCUGUUCCUCAGCUUACACUGGGUGCUAAGGCCUGGUAACGCUGAAUUUACCUUUACUAACACACUCCAAAGAAAUGACAUCUUGUACAUGUUCAUGAAUGUCACACCAACUAAGGCAUUUCAUCAGUAUCUGUAUUAUUUUAUGCAAACUAUCAUUAUCUUCGUUCUACAAGGGCAUUCUGACUAUUUCUCACAAGUUGCACUUUCUGGUGAAAAGUUAAAUUUUUUAAGGAAAUAAAAUAAUUUUAGUGGCUUUUUUUUCCCAUAGAUCAAUUUUUUUCAGUGUAUUUUCCAGGAAGACCUUUAAAUGAAACUUUAACCACAACCAAAAAGAAUAAUCUUCACCUUCUCCCUCUCCCCUAAACAAAAAUAUUUGGCAACUUUUGUGUUUACAUUUAAAGAUCAUUUGCACCUUUUUUCAAGGAAAAAAAUUAAGUAUUUGGCAAACAACUGUUUACAUGUAUCAUUUAUGCUUUUUCUAGCAUGUAUAACUUUUUUAAAUAAAGGUAGUAUUUACCAUGAAA